UUAAAAAUGCGCAAUCGAAAAUCAUUCAAAAUUAAUACAAUAAGUCAACAAUGUUUAAGAUCAUACUAUAUAAGUUCACAAAGUCGCCAUUCAUCAAGAAUGAAUAACUUAAGAUACUCUUAUUAUUCAUUAAAUUCUUUACUAAGAAAAAAUACCCUUGUCUUUCACCAGAAAGGAAAGGUUCAAGAUACUCUUGUUACUCAUCAAGUCAUUCAUCAAG